UACCCCUGGUACCUACUAGCUUCCUGAUGCUGCUUUGUGAGCCCCAUAGACCAAGCACCAAGCUCCUUUGUGAUAACGUUCUUGAAAAAGUUUUCGACUGCCACUUUGAUUAAAUUUAAUCUUCUGGCCUGUCUUCUACGUUAUUUAUCCCCCAGAAAGUCUAUUUCAAGAUAGUUCAAAAUGCCCCGUGCAAAAGGAGAUUCAAACAAGCCUCGUGGUAGAAUGACUGCUUAUGCUUAUUUCAUGCAAACAUGCCGAGAAGAGCACAAAAAUAAAUACCCAGAUGAAAAUGUAGUAUUCUUGGAGUUUUCUAGAAGAUGUGCUGGCCAAUGGAAGCUCAUGACUGAAAAUGACAAAAAGAGAUUUCAAGGAAUGGCAGAGCGUGAUAAGCUUCGUUUUGAAAAUGAAAUGAGGCACUACACACCCCCACAAGGUGCGACGGGUCGAGGAACUAAGCGUAAACAAGUUAAAGAUCCAAAUGCUCCUAAACGUUCCCUCUCGGCUUUCUUCUGGUUUUGUCAUGAUCUGCGAGGACACGUCAAAGAACAACAUCCCGAAUACACUUUGGGAGAAAUCGCCAAAGAAUUGGGAAGACGCUGGGGAGUAUCAGACGAUGCUACGAAAGCACAGUACGCCGCCAAAGCCGAACAAGACAGAGCGCGUUACGAAAGAGACAUGAAUGCGUAUAAGAAAUCGAAAAUAGAGCCACAUAAUGAGUACUACGACGAGGAUGACGAGGAAGAAGAUGACGAAUAAAGGGAUUCCUCAGUGCGAGGGUUUUAUUCUGGUUCUCUUUGUUUCUUUAUAGAUCUUUUCUUCCCUUGUUUUAAGAUUCUAUGUGAACAUGUGGUCAAGAAGACAUUCUUCUCCUGUUUUACAAACUGCUUAAGAGAAGGUCUUGAAAAUUGUUCUUACUUUUUCCUAAUUUUAUUUCUGUGACUACCUGUCAUUUUCCUCCUACUUGCUCGGUAUUCUCAUGUGCGUACAACUACUUGUAAGCGUUGGCAUGCUGAAGCGUGAAGAAAACCAAAAUAAUAUCCACGGAUUGCCCUUUUUUGCAAUACUUCAUGUAAAAAUUGGGAAUGUAUUUUUUUUUGUCUCGCCGCAAGCUCAAUUCAUUUCAGGCACAAGGUCUCAAUGCCAAUUUUUCCCUACAUCACUCAAGUGUACACCAAAAAAUUGGCAAACAUAAUGAGCCUUGUGCUUGGAUAUGAAUUAGGCUCAAGUUACCCUGGAAUAAGAAAAACAAAAUUAAGUUCUGAAUUUGGAUUCUUGGAAUUAUUUGGUUUCAGGGUUUGGCAAUCUACGAUAUUAGAGUUUCAGCCCUGAAUUCACGUCCGAAAGUCAGUUCUAACAAAAAAUAUUUUGAGUAUCGAACACCCGUCAUUCACCAAUGAAGCGUUCUUCAUUUUCCCUGCGCGAAACAUUGUCGUUUUUUUUUUUUUUGUACGUCGGCAGCAAAAGUGGCAAUGUCUGAAAAUACACCGUCAUUUUCCUCUUA